AUGAUGGGAACAUAAUCGUAAACAAACAACGGGGAGAACUGUCAAACGUCAACAUAACAUGCGCUGUAUGCUGCAGCAUGGAACACCGGUUUCCAUCAGCAGGCUGACCUGCUCGUAAGAUCGACUAGAAUUAACAAAUUUGUUGCAUUUACACUACAGAUAGCCACUGCGUCCACCGUAGCUCAAGUGAACCGCUCCUUUUACGCAAUCAACAACACAAAGUAGCGCCUGCCGAAGCGCUGUUUACGGCCAGCGCCAACCCUUGUGCAGAACGUUCGAAGCGACCAGAAGGAGGCAGUCAUGAUUCGUAGUGUGGUACGGUGUGCGCACGUGCGAGGCCGCUCGCACUAUUCGUCCGUGGCAGCGGCAGCCGCAGCCAACCAGGGGGCCUCCGCCCGGCUGGACGAGUUCCGGACACUCGAGACAAACACGGACCGGCACGGUCCGUCCACCCUCGGUCGCUUCUACACGAUUCCGGCCGAAGCGCGGAAGCAAAUCUUCACGUACGGCGGUCUACCGAAAAGCUACGAGCGACAGAUCAAAACCUUCAACGAGUGCUGCCUGAUGGUGCGACGGCCAGCGGUCGAGAUCAUUGAGCUGCUCCGUGUGACCGACUUCAGUCGCCCGGUCAACCGUUUCGUGCUGUACGGGGAGGAUGGAGCGGGUAAAUCGCUGACACUUGCCCACCUGCUCCACUAUGGCUAUCAGCAGCAGUACGUGCUGGUGCACGUACCGUGGCUGCCAAAUUGGCUGAAGCGUCCGAAGGAAACGGCCAACGCCAACUCAGUCGAGGGGUCACUCGAUCUCCCGCUCGAUGGAGCCGCUUGGUUGGUACACUUCAAGAACCAGAACGGUGCCCUCCUGGAGCGGCUUGGCCUGACCGUUAGCCGCGACUACGUGUGGACGAAACGAGAAACGACACCGGCGGGUGCGCCAUUGCUGGCGCUCGUCGAGCACGGCAUCAGCCGGGCCAAAUUUUCCUGCGACGUCAUUGCCGGUCUCGUACGCGAGCUAAAGCAACACUCAACGGCCGGCCGCGCCCGCACCAUGGUCGUCAUCGACGGCUACAAUGCGCUGUUCCACCCGCACACGCGCAUCCUAACCGAGAACAAGGUGCGCCUAACGCCGGAUCGUAUCACCCUGGUGCAGCCGUUCCGCGAGAUCACGCGCAACGACUGGACAAACGGCGUAUGUGUGCUGGCGGUCGAUCGGCUCGCGCUCACCGAGGACCGGAUGGCCUCCAACUUGCCACUGUAUCUCCUGUACCGCGAAGGGUUCGAACAUCUCGACCCGUUCGUGCCAAUCCGCGUCGAUGGUUACGAUGAGACCGAGUUCCACAGUUGCAUCCAAUACUACCUCGAUCGGAAGUGGAUUCAAACGUCCGAACCGGGCUUCGACGUGGAACUGAAAGCUCUCAGCUGCCAGAAUCCUUACCAGCUCAUGCAGCUGUGCGCAUCACUGUGAGCUCUUGACAGUUGUUAAAACAGCGGAAGCGGAGGGGGCGAACCUGUAUUCAAUAUAUGUUUAACGUAAUAAAAAGGUCCAAAUGCGAUCACACUCACAUA